GCGCAACAUGGCGGCGCUGCUGCUCAGAGGGCUGCGUUUCGGGGGAGUCCUGCGGGGGAUUCGAACCGGGAUAGCACCACCCCGGCGCGGGUUCCGACCCAACCCCCCGCCGCUGCGGCGGGCGCAGGACGAGUCCACGCCCGGCAAAGUAGCGGCGCCCACAUCUGGGUCUAGACCCGAACCGGUAGUGGUUACGUCUGGGUCUGCGCCGGAACAGGAUGUGCUCAAAUCCGCGACGACACCGGAGCCGGAAGUGCCUACGUCUGGGUCUCGACCUGAGCAGGUAGUGGUUACCUCUGGGUCUAGACCCGAAGAAGAAGUGCCUGCGUCUGGGUCUGCACCGGAACAAGAAGGGUUCAAAUCUGAGACUAGUCCUGAGGCGGAAGUGCUUACGUCUGGGACUGCACCGGAACAGGAAGGGUUCACAACCCAGACUACGUCGGAGCCGGAAGUGCUUACGUCUGGGUCCGCACCGGAACAGGAUGUGUUCAAAUCCGAGACUACACCUGAAGAGGGAGUGUUCACCUCUGUGUCUGCACCGGAACAAGAAGGGCUCACAUCCCAGACUAUAUCAGAGCCGGAAGUGCUUACAUCUGGGUCUGCACCGGAACAGGAAGGGUUCACAUCCCCGACAACACCAGAGCCGGAAGUGCUUACGUCUGGGAUUGCACCAGAACAGGAUAUGUUCAAAUCCGAGACUACGCCCGACCAGGAAGUGCCUGCAACCGCCUCUGCGCCCGAACAGGAGGUGACCGGGUCUCGACCCGAAGAGGAAGUGGCUUCAUCUGGAGAAGAAGUGACCGCAUCACGACAGGACGCGACCCUGUCUCCACCUGAACCGGAAGCGACCGGAGAAGACCCCCCACAACCCGACACCAGCGGGGGGCUUGGAGCCGAAGAGCCGCUGGAGGCCCGGGUCCUGACGGCGGCGCUGGAGUUUGUGCCUCGUCUCGGCUGGUCGGCCGAGGCGAUCGCCGCCGGCGCGGAGGCGAUAGGUGUGUCCCCGGGCUCCUGCGCCGGUACGGCGGGGGAUCUCGUCCUGCACUUCGUGAGGAGGUGCAACGCGGAGCUGGCGGAGUCCCUGGCGGAGGAGGGGAGGAGAGCCGAGCCGGAGGAGCCGGAGGCCGUUGCCGAGUUCCUGCGGGUCGCCGUGGAGACCCGGCUCCGGAUGCUGAUCCCCUACAUCCACACCUGGCCACAGGCGGUGAGUCUCCUCCUCCUCCCUCAUCACCUCCCGGAGAGCCUCGCGCUCCUCUCCUCCCUCGUGGACGAGAUCUGGCGCCGCGCCGGCGACCGCUCCGCCGACGUGACCCGCCACGCCCGCCGGGCGGCGCUGGCCGGCAUCUACAACGCCACCGAGCUGGUGAUGCUCCAGGACUCCUCCCCCGGUUACCGGGACACCUGGCGCUUCCUCGGCAACCGCGUGCGGGACGUCGCCAAGAUGGCCGACGCCGCCAAUAAGGUGCAGUCCACGGGAGAGGCGGUGGCGCAGGGGAUCAUGGGAGCGGCGGCCACGCUGAGAAACCUCACAGGCCUGAACGAGCGCAGAUGAAAUCGGGUCGGGACCCUUUUGACCCUCUACCUCCACACCUCCGCCCUCCAUCCCUCCGUCUUCCAGACAGAACCGGCGAUACCUCACACCGGCGGGUCACGUGACCCGCUGAUCACGUGACCCGCGACCUGUUACCUCAAGAGAGCUCACCUGGGAUCACUUUGAAAACGACUCCCUCCUUCUCUCCCUCCCUCUCUCUCUCUCUCUCCCUCCCUCUC